CUAAUAUUGCUCAAACUGAUCUGCGAACUGACAAACAAGAAUUUUACUCAGAAACCUGAAGAAAAUACAAAAGAGUCGAAAUAUACUUUGAAAUACUUUAAGAAAAUUGCUCGAAGUCACUUUCAUAAAGAUGUCGUCUAAAGUUUUAUUAGUUGUGCUGGCUGUUCAUAUUCUUAGCUGUUCCGCCGCAGUCUUGAAAGGUUUUCCCACAGUUUGUGACAGUGCAAAUUUCACUAUUCAAUGCAUUGAGCAGUUCGGCUACGUUCAUCAUUAUGGUAUCUAUGAAAAACUGGAUCUUCUUGAAUUCUCUACAACCCUUUCUCCAACUCAUUUUGUCCUCAAGAGUAACGGCGCUCUUCAGGAUGUAGAAACUGGCAAAUGUGUUAACAGCAUAACGAGAACCCACUUCCAGCUAGUACUGUCCAAUGUCUGCAGUGGGCCCGAUGUUGAUUUAUGGACAUACAAUUCCAGCAAUGAAAGGCUGGUGAAUAUAAAUACUGGUCUUUGCUUCAGCCCGUGGUAUUAUCCUCUAUCACCAUCGGAUGUUUCAUAUGUACCAGGCUUAUCGCCAUGUGCUGAUUAUAAUCGUAUGAUUUUAACUCCCAAUCCACAGCAAAAUAAGGAAAAACUUCGCAAAUGCUGGACAUAAAAGCGGAACUCAUGCACGAAUAGAUAAUCAUAUGAUUGUAAAAAACAUACGUUGGUAAAUUUGUAUUUGUUAGUCUAAAAAAUAUAUAUGAUACUUUUC